GCCUGGCGUAGUGACUGGCCAAUCGGCUACGGCUUACGUUAAUGGCCGCUUCGCCUGCAACGCGUCAACGGCUCGUUGCUCGCUUCAGCCCUCCACCGCGCUUGCCGGCAUGAAUUUACCGGGUCUGUCGGAGUUGGAGGUCCGAAUCGUCCAUAGAAGUGCGGAACUGGGAGUAGUACCGUACGAGGACACUCCUCGCAAGCGUCUGAAGCGCGCUGGCGAAGCUUCUCGGCCCCAACUCGACGAUGUUCCGGGCGUGCUUCCUACCGCCCCACUACCGGAGCCACCGCCACCUCGUCGAGUUGGAAGCACAGAUUGGUGCGACUGCGGCCGCUGCACUGCGAUGCCGACAGCUCGAGAGUGCUUCUGCUGCCGAGAAUUGGCACCGGCCGUACGGAAGCAACCGACGCGGUGCAUCACGUUGGACGGAGACUUCUCGAAGCUAUGCUUAGAUGUUGCCGUUCUUGCGGUGGCAUACUGCGAAGUCCGUGAGAGCGGUCGUGAGCUUCAACACCAGCUGCACGAGAAGUAUCGCUUUGUGGCGUACCGGCAAUUCACCCGCUGGAUGUGGGGUCGCCUGGGCGCUGGAAACCGGCGAGUUUUGCCAGCAUGUGCUGUUCAUAAAAUAAGAAAAACAUUUCCCUCCCAGAGGUACACUGGCUUCCGGUACCCCUCUCUGGACUCCGCACCAGUGGAUAGCUGAGCUGCUCUUUGGGGAGCCUUGGGUACAGCGCCGCCAUGGGGAGGACUUCUUCCUGACGGGUCUUUUCCAGUGCCUCCUUGAAGGAGGACGACUCGUUGCAGCAAGCGACAACUUCGUGGAGAAGUGCGCCGACGUACGCUGUAAUAAUUGAGAGCAUAGGGGAAGCUUUAUACAAUAAAAAAAUUUAAACCAAACAA